AAGCGCGCUUAAAAGUGGGCGUGGUGUUUUCCGAGCGUGCAUGUGACUGUGCAUCUUUCUCAGAGAAGAGAUUAUGGCGGGUCGUAUAGGCCUGGUUGUCGUGAUUCUGGCCGCUGUCUUUUCUCUCACCUGCGGGAACCUGUACGGGAGGAGCUCUGCGGGGAAGACGACGAGACAGUUCGUCAAGCGGCGCGACCCGUCUCCCUCCUUUCGCCCCCAUCUCGCUCUCAGGCAGAAGCUGGCUGAAGCCAAGCCGUUCUCCUACCCAGCAGCCGAGCUAGGCGCCAGAACCGCCAGAUCUGCCGACGCAGACGAGCGAAACUGCGGCUUGAAAAAGCCCGAUCUCUUAGAAACGGACGCUAUGCCUCUGUCGGAGACAGCAGAAACCAUUCAGGCAGUUUGGGUGGAGGAUGACAACAUUCUGAUAGUAGCGUCAGACAGUGAUAGGGCCACGGUGUGGCUGGGGGUCCCUAAGAGCUACGGGAUUUUCAGCUUCAGUCCUCACCCCAACCUCAUCCCUGGCGCUGUGGCUCCCUCGUCCCUCCAGGUGGCACCCGCCUCACACAGACGAGCCAUCGUCGUCUCCAAGGACAAGAAGGCGAUGUUUGUAACCAGCAAUGGCGGGAAGACGUGGGUCAAAGUCCUCCUCCCUUCCUCUGGUUUUGACGUGACAGACGAUCUAUAUAUCAGCGAGGUGUCACCUGAUCACAUGAUACUGGCUGCUGGAACCGAGUUGUUCCACUCCCACAGUGCAGGAGAGGAAUGGGAGAGAGUGGCGGAUGACGUCCUCCUGGUGAGAAUGGCCAAGAAUGACAGCCGCAACGAAUACGCCUUCUUCCUCACCCUCGGUCGACACCCCGGUCUAAACACUCUCCACAGACUCAGCAUUCCAUGGGGAAAGAGAGAUGUCCUGGACCCACAUGCCUAUCGAUUCGCGGUGGACGGUCGAUAUCUCUUCGUCUCUCGCCAGAACUUUUCCGGCAGUGCGAUGUCCGAUAACGUGUCGCGAAGACUCUAUGUCUGCAGUGACUUUGGAGCUGAUGUCAGUGAAAUUGCAUUCAGUGAGGUCCAGCUGCCUUCAGUGACUCCUGAACAGUUCUACGUGAUAAUGGCCACUCACGAGGCGGGAGCCUUCAUCCAUGUCUCACUCAACCAGAGCAGUGGCUCAGGAGGACUCUACGUCUCAGACAGCUCUGCCACCCGCUUCUCCCUCUCCCUCUCCAACCACUUCUACAAGGUGUUCUCCUUAAAGGAGAUAGAGUGGAGGUAUCCAGUUGACGAUUUCUAUGAGGUCAAGUCCAUGAGAGGUGUCUAUGUUACCACCGCUGUCACUGGAAAAAAUGACUCCACCCAUGUCACCAUGAUCACCUUCAACAACGGCGGGAAGUGGUCGAGACUCCACCCACCCACCUCAUCUGGUUGCCACGGCAACUCAGAGUGCUCCCUCCACCUCCAUCUCCAUUAUAGUCUCCUGGUGGCCUCUGAGUACAAUAGAAGUUACUCUGCCCCACUUCUCUCCACUGAGACUGCCGUUGGUAUUAUCAUUGGACACGGAUCGUAUGGGGUGACGAGGAAUGAUUCUGAGCCUCGUUUGGUUGUCUCUAACGACGGGGGUUACUCGUGGAUGGACCCCGGGUUGCCCGUGGGAACGUACGUGUACGGGAUUGCUGACUACGGGAACAUCAUCGUCGUGGCACCCGAUUCGGAGAAUGUGGAGUACAUCUGGUUCUCCCACAAUCGCGGAGAGUGUUUCGUGAAGCAGCUCCUGGACACGACGGAGUUCUUCUCCCUGAGUCGCGGACUCCUGAUGGACCCCCGGGCCUCCUCUCUCACCGCCUUCAUGAUGGGAGUAGAGGGGAAUGAGACUGGAGACGAGUGGAGAAUGAUCACACUCAACUUCAAGAGACUCCUCCAGAGGAAAUGCGUACCGUCAGACUAUCAGAAGUGGGUGGAGCACGUCAAUAAAGAUGCCUGUCCCCUUGGCUACAGAGACACCUACAACAUCACCAAAUCUUUGUCCAUUUGCUAUAACGAACAGGGGUACAAGUACAAGCCGAUUCUUAACGAGCGUUGUGAUUGCUCCACUGAGGACCUAGAAUGUGACUAUGGAUAUAACAGAACUAAAGAUGACACAUGUGAGAGAAUGAAAGGCUACAAUCUGGCAGAUGACUGCCCCCCGGGGGCCAAAUAUUUCAACAGGACCAAGUCGGGGUUCCGGCUGAUCCCGGGGGACCGGUGUCUGCCCAGUAGUGUCAGUCGCCAACUUUUGAAAACAGAGCAGUUGCCGUGUGUUGGACACGAGGAGGAGGCUGGCUUUGACAAUGCUCGGGAGGCCAUAAGAAGAGCCGGUGUGACAGCAGGCAGGGUAGUGGGAGGAGUCAUCAUUGCUCUGAUCGUUGUGGCCUUUGCUGUUGUUGCCUUCUACUGUUUUCUCCGCUGUAGGGAGCACUCUCCGGCCACGUACGAGAAGGUGCUCUACCAGAAGCUCCCGAUGGUGGACGCGGCCGCAGCUGCCGGAAAGAAGGGGACGGCAGUAGCUCAGACGAUGACCUCCUUAACCCCUCCUCCUCCUCUACCACAACCUCCACACCGUCCACCAAGAACCCUUUCGAGAACACCUGAACUCUAGUAGUGUCUCCUGCUCUCUUUCUCUGCUCACUUGAUCUUGCCCGCUCAAUUUUAUGUCAUCUUUUGCCGCCUGGAGUAGAUUUUAAUCCUGACAGGUAGUUUUGGUCGCUCUCGUUACAGCAUAAAUUUUUUAUGCGUGCGCUAUUAAUUUUUUACGCGUGCGCAAACUGACGACACAUCUGCGCAUGCGCUCUAUUUGGAGCGAUGUAGCUAGCUAGCUAGCUAGAGUGCUAUGCGAGUGUUGGUGCCAAGUGCUGUGGCUGGAAUGGUUCUGUGUGUCCCAAUGGCCAUCACAUUUCUUGACAACGUCGGUUACCCAGCGCCCAUCGAAGGACACUCAAUGAGGCCUACUCUGAACCCGCGCCGCAUGUCGUCGUGGGGGACCCGAGACGUGGUGUGGGUGAGCGUGUGGAAUGUGAGGUGGGGAGGGGGUGUGGGGAGAGGUGACGUGGUGAUUAUCCACUCGCCCACACACCCCGGAGAGGUUCUGGUGAAGAGGGUAAUAGGAGAGGAAGGAGAGACGGUUGAGACGAAGGGAUACCGGACGAGGAAGAUCGUCAUUCCACCCGGACACUGUUGGGUGGAGGGUGACAACCUCAGAGCCAGUCGAGACAGCAACCUUUUUGGACCCGUUUCGAGGGGGCUGAUUUUUGGGAGGGGGACCCACAUAUUGUGGCCCCCUCAACGCUGGCGGAGAUUGGACUCUGACCUCCUUCCACAGCAGAGGGCCCGUGUGUCUCAUCUCCACUCAUAUUCCGUAUAAAAUCAGUUUUUAUAACCACUUUCUAUUCCGUAUUAUAUGCCAAUCCCAAUUUUCACAGUA